AAUUAUUGAAUCGUAGAAAACAAGAAAGAAAGAAAUACAUGGACAGGGUUGGAUUAGUAGCAGUGGUAGAUCCGAAUGCCUUCCCUGGCAUUAUGCCUGCCUGGACACUGAAUCUUUUUGACGUUGGUUUGGCCUUUGGAUGGAAACGGAAUUGGGCUUAGGUUGAUGAUGCUGACAAAGAGUCAAGAUUUCUUUGCCCCUCAGCCUCCUCUCCUCAAGCCUUCUCUCCGUCACUCCCUCAGCGCUCUAUGCCUAGUGUCAUAUAAACCCUACGGGCUAACCAAGGUCUGUCACUAUCUGCUGUUAUUCAACCUCUGCCUAACCUCUUUUCUUCAAUCUUUCAUAUAUUUAGUUGUAGAUUGAAUCAAUUCUGUUGGAACACUUUCUGGGCAUCUUUUAUGUAUUCAACUUUUUCAACCUAUGCUAUACGAACUUAGCUGCUGCACCUUAUCAAUAUGACUGGUCGGAGAAAGAUUGGUUUUGGGAUUCCUAUCCAUUUUCUGGAAAAUCUCAACUCCUUUUUACAAAUUCUUAUUCCACCCAUUUCUGUCCCCAACCCAAGUGAAUCUGGCUUGGAUUAUUUUUGUUAUCCAAAAGUUUUUUUUUUUAACUGAAAUUUCUUGUCCCCAUAUGUUCUAUGGUAUUGUUACAAUACCCCAAUAUUUAUAGGUUUUUAAUUCAAGGGUUGCAGUUGCGGUGCAUGCAUGAGGCAGAAGAUUACUGCAAAAUUUGAAGUGCUGAAAUUUGCUGCUGCUGAGUGGUGACAUAAGAAUAUUAAUAAUUAGCUAUUAAAUGAACAGGCUUUGAUUUUUUUUUCCUUCGGGUAAUAUCAUUAAUAAAAAAAAAAUGUAUGGGAGAGGUGGUCUAGAUAGAUUCAAAAAGGCUCAAUCGUUGGAACCCUUCUCAGUCUCCCUAAAUUCUGCCCCCCAAACCAUACCCAAAGUUGUGCAAGUUCAACAACACUCACAUUCUCAAAAUGCAGUUGCUCAGCUUCAGCAGGAGGAGCACACUCAGUCUCAGCCAGCCACCCAGCUUGGGGGAGGUCAAUCAACCUGGCAGCCUCCUGAUUGGGCCAUUGAGCCUCGCCCUGGUGUCUAUUAUCUUAAAGUUCUGAAGGAAGGACAGGUGCUUGAUCACAUUAAUCUUGAUAGACGCAGGCACAUCUUUGGCAGGCAAUAUCAUACUUGUGAUUUUGUGCUUGAUCAUCAGUCUGUUUCACGUCAGCAUGCUGCUGUCAUUCCUCACAAGAAUGGCAGCAUAUAUGUCAUCGAUUUGGGAUCGGCGCAUGGAACAUUUGUUGCAAAUGAACGUUUGAUGAAAGAUGCACCUGUUGAGCUUGAAGUAGGGCAAUCUUUGCGUUUUGCAGCAUCAACGAGAACUUAUAUCUUAAGGAAGAAUAAUGCAGCUCUAUUUCCUCAUCCUCCACCUCCCACUGGGAUAAAUUUACCCCCAGUGCCUGAUCCUUCUGAUGAAGAAGCUGUUGUAGCUUAUAAUACACUCAUAAAUCGUUAUGUUCUGAGCAAAUCUGACCUGCUGCAGAAAUCCGAUGUGUCUACCGUCUCAUUAGCUGUAAGAGAAGACAGCACAGAGCCAGAUAGGGCCACUAAAAGAAUGAGGAAAGUAAAAGCGACCUUCAAGGAUCAAGCUGGGGGAGAGCUGGUUGAAGUUGUUGGAAUUUCAGAUGGUGCAGAUGUAGAGACAGAACCUGGGCCUGUAGGUGUGAAGGAAGGAAGUCUUGUUGGAAAAUAUGAAUCUCUUGUACAGACAACUGUAAUUCCUAAAGGUAAGAAUCCAUCAUCCGUAAUGGAAGACAAUGUCUUUCAGAAAGGUGUGACUGAUAAACUGCAAGAAGUCUUGAAUAAGGUUAAAAAAGCUCCAAAAGAUGGCAUUUAUGAUGAUCUUUAUGGAGAAUCUUUAUCUGACAAAGUGGGCUCAUCCUGGGCGUAUGCUUCUGUUAGUUCUGCUGGUAGACAAGGAAAGGCUAUUGGUGUCUCAAGUGGAAGACCUGGAAGUAACUCUGCCUCGUAUGAUGAAAGUGAAGAUGAUUUAUUUGGUGAGUGAUAGAAUGAAGCUGAAAUGCUCUUGCAAAUUGAAUCAUUCUCACUUUGGGUUUGACAAAGUGACUGAAAAAAUAAGUUCUCUCUGGACAUAGCUAGCUAUUAUUUCCUCUGAAGUUGGAGAAAUUUUGUUGUAAUUUAUUAGCAAAUGUUUUCUUUGUACAGUGAACUGUCAACCUGAGAUUGGGGGUUUUAAAGCCCAUGUUGUCCUUGGAAGAAUUAGUUUAUAGCAAAAUUUUAAUCUUAGUA